UAUGACAUGUCUGGUGUUUUUACUCAAUGUGCGCUCGCGAAUGACGUCAAACCGCAUGAUCCCGGUUUGAUCAGGAAGUUAUGAAAAGUUGUUGAGAGCUGGUUUCAAAGUGUCGCAAUUGCAAGGGAGAAGGCUACAGCGAGUAGAAAUGGCUUACCACUCUCUGGCUCUCGUCCUCGCUUCUUUAGUCGCGGUCUCCGUGGCAGAACCGAUUAAGUAUUUGGACUGUGGUUCCGUUGUUGGUAAAAUCAGUUCUGUUGAUGUGACUCCUUGCCCGAAGCAGCCUUGUGAACUGCGCAAAGGAGAGUCUUACACAGUCAACGUGACCUUCAGCAGUGAUGCAGCAAGUCAGACAAGCAAAGCCAUUGUGCAUGGAGUUAUCGCUGGCGUUCCUAUUCCCUUCCCAAUUCCAAAUGAAGAUGGCUGCAAAUCUGGAAUCCAGUGCCCAAUCCAGCAGCAGAAAACCUACAGCUAUGUCAACCAGCUGCCUGUGAAGACAGAGUACCCUUCUCUUAAGCUGGUGGUGGAGUGGGAACUGAGAGAUGACAAUAACAAAGACUACUUCUGCUUCAAGUUUCCAGUCCAGAUCACAAGUUAAGGGUGAAGGGGGGACGGGUCUCUCUGGUUCUAAUACAUUUGCUGAAAGAUGAUGUCACAAUGUAACAAAUUUAUUUAGAGAACAAAUAAAGGUCUGCUGCAGCCUCAGCAAACAGUGAAUCAUUAACCGAUUGUUAAAUCAUUAACAUACUUUUGAUUAAAAAUGUUGCGUUAAUAGUUUUUUCCCCAAAAUAUAUAUUUUUGUCUGGGAAAUUACACCGUACUGUUUCAUAAAUCUGAACAGCUGUCAAUUAUACCAUUAGAUAAUUGUCCUGUAAAAUGCUACAUAAUGACAUCUCUUCUACUGACUACCAUGUAGCCAGAACAGUGAAAUAUCCCAUAGAAGCGAGACACAAAUGUAUUUUUUCUAGGUCCAAACGAAAUCAAACUAGUUUGCUGCUCUCAGAGAUUUUUCUAUUAAACAUGAAUCAGUUUUGCACAAGGUUAUGGAACUUAAGGACAUGUCUGUCAGAACUGCUAAAAUUGUUCUUUUUGUCUUUUAAAUCCAGUGUUUUUAUAUAAACUGUUUGCAAAUACCCAUUUAAUAAUAAAGAUUUUACUUCUCAAA